AUGGAAUCGCUAAAAUGUUGUAGAAUUUGUCUUGAAGUGGAUGGAUUUAUGCAUAAUUUGUCGUCAAAUACCUUGGCUUUCUACUAUUUGACAUUAACCGGCAUAAAUCCUCUGCCAAAACUGAAAAUACCAAUGUAUCUAUGUUAUGAGUGUACUGCUCUAUUGAAGAAAUACUUUGUAUUUAGACAAAAAUGCCUCCGUGGACAGGCAGUGCUCCAAGCACUUUUAUCAAAUAAUGGGGAGGUAACAGAAGAAAACUUAAAGGACAUAGGUAGAGAAAGUUUUGGCCUAACCUCAAGUCUAAAAAUUGUUGAGAAUGUCAGUUUUAAUUAUGACCCACAAGCUGACUUAAGAAAAACUUAUGAUCUACCAAAUCAUAUAAAGGAAGAGGAUAUUGUAAAGUUAGAGCAUGAUUACUUUUGUGAAGUGCAAGAUGAUUCUAGUGAUCCCAUUGAUGUAAAUAAUUCAGAAGAUGAUGAAUUAAUUGAAAUCCUUGAAGAUGAUCAAGAUGCAGACCAAUUGGAUGAAAAAAUGGAGGAGCAGCAAUCAUUUGAACAAAUUAUGCUUCAAGAAUCGGAACCAAAUAUGUCAGUAGAAGGUGAUAAAAGAAUAACAAAGAAGGAUACAGAAGAUCUCAAUAAAUAUUUUACCAUCAAAUAUUAUACAAAACAAGAGGUAAUGGAUAAAAUGGAAUUGCGUAAAGAAUCUAUAAAAUACAAAUCGGCUGAAUAUAAAUGUGAGAUAUGCUAUUCUUGGUUUAUUGAUAUACGUGGACAAGAAAAGCAUGCAGUGCAACAUGAUCAGAACCGUGGCGAGUUCUAUUACACAAGUUGCCACAUGUAUUUCAAGACUCAGGAACAAUUACAAACACAUAAAAAUAAUCACAACCAAGAUGGUUUAAGUUACAAGUUGUGUAAUCUAAAAUACAGCUGCGACACUUGUGAUGAGAGAUUUUCGACUAAAAAAGAGAGAUUCUUGCAUUCAUUGAAAGUUCACAAACGACGUCCGCGACGCAUUGAAAAACCGAUUAUUAUGAUAAAAGCAUCCACGGAUAAAUCCCAGAAUAAGUCGAACAAGCCUCGGGCUAAAAUAACUUUACCGAAGACGCGUCCGGUCAAUACACUCCAGAAAAUUAUUUGGCCAGUGAAAUGUCAUUACUGUCCCGAUGCAUUAGUGUACAGCGAGCAGGAAAAUUGGUUGCACCAUCGUCGUCAGCAUCCCGAGAAGACAUAUAUGACCAUUAGGAGAAGAUAUAUUUGCGAGCAUUGUGGGAAGGGAUUUAAAAGCCGACACAUACUUAAUUACCACAUGAACCUACACAACGGUGUUACCCCAUUCAAAUGUGAGGUUUGCAGUAAAGCGUUUUACUCGCGGACGCUUCUUAGAAAUCAUUUUGUGGUUGUACACUCCGAUCAAAGACCAUUCGUUUGCGACACAUGUGGAGUGGCUCUUAAGACAAAAGGCACGCUGCAUAAACAUAACCGGAUCCAUUCUGGCGAAAAACCAUUCAAAUGUGACGUUUGCGACAAAGCGUUCGCAUUCAAAACAUCACGCAGACUUCAUUAUGAAGGUGUUCACUUAAACAUAAAGAGAAAGAAGAAGAAGAAGUCGAAGAGAAAAGAGAGGGAAAAAGAAGAAGUCAAACAGAAUAGAGAGACAAUCCUGAACACUUCUUCUAAAUCUUCUAUUGUCGUCAAAUGA